GUUCUUGGUGCUGAAAGAGCGCGGCAGCUCACUGCUCAAGGUGCUGCUAGCAUUCCAAACCAGCAAUCCGCUUAGAAGCGUUCAAAUUAAACAUUCUCUACACCUCGCAGCAGCUGAUUCAAUUACAACAGUGCUCGCCGGCCGACUCGGACCUGCUUACCAGCACUCUCGAUGCGUCUUUGUUUUCUUGCAUCCCUCAGAGAGUGACUGACUCACUCUCUUCCUCUCCUACCUUCGUGUCUUUUUUUUGUUAAUAAAGUAUUGUUUAUUUUAUUUUAUUAUUUUUAAGAGGGACGCGAUUCUAUAUGACGGGAAGCUCCUGAAGCAGACAUGUGUACGAAGAGAGAUUACAGUCUUACGAUGCAUGCUGCGCUGUUGAUUCUGGGUUGCCUACAAACAUGGGUUUACGGUCAAGGCUUCAACUAUGAAGACAUUAACACCGUGGGAAGCAAGACCGCCGGUACGGUGAAGUCAAGCGUCGUGCGCAAGUCAGCAUCAACGACACACGACCCGGAAGAGGAAGUGCGGCUUGUCACCACAGCCCCUCCCAUCAGCUUCCACAACCACCACCCGCUGCUCGAGGAGUUCAUUCACGAGACCCUGCUGAAGAGGGACUUCCUGGGACAGGAGCAUUUCUUCAGCGCUGGGGUGGAGACCUCAAACCCGGCGACAAACCAGGUGAGACGCGAUGACCCCGCGGCGUUCUCUGACAUUGCCACGGCAACCUCCGUGGCAUCCACGUCGCUCAUGAUGACCGCGCCAACCAUGGCUGAGGCUGUGGCAGUUUCCGUGGAACAAAAUGCUGCCUUUAAAGAGGAAGUGGGAACUCCGCAGAUGGAGAAGGAGAGGGUGGCUGUCACCGCAGACUCUUUAACCACAGCAGUCAUAAAGACGACCCUCCCUGACCACCAGGGCGGCGUAUUUCAAAACAGCCACCGGCCGUUUACUACUCAGCCAGCCGCUGUGCUCACAACAAGCCCGGCAGAGCCCAGUCCAGAGCAGGUAUCCACGGUGACCGACGACACACCAACAGCCCUGGCGGGGACCUCCAGAACGGAGGUGGAAGAGCCAAUCACUGAGCGAGGCACGGGGACGGCCAGUGAGGUCACAACAACGACAUCAUCAUCGGGAGACACUGACGAGGAGACAACCACCACCACUAUCAUCACUACCACCAUCAUAACCACCGUGCAGACACCAGUUCCGUGCAGUUCCAAUUUCACAGGCCCCGAGGGUUACAUUGUGUCGCCGCGAUACUCCAGUCCCCUGUACUACACCAAUCUGGACUGCAGCUAUGCUGUAACUGUCUUCAUGGGAUAUGGAGUGGAAAUUCAGGUCCUGAACGUGAGCUUGCUGGAAGGGGAGACGGUCACUCUGGAGGACCUGGGAGGGCAGGAGCCGGCCGUCCUGGCCAACGAGUCCAUCCUGAUGAAGGGGCUAGUGGUGCGGAGCUGGAGCAACCAAGUGGCAGUCCGCUUCCAGAGCUACCAGCUCCCCCACGCUGGGUCCUUUCACUUUCAAUACCAAGCCAGGCUGGGGACCCCCUGA